AUGCUAUUAAAAAAAAAACUAGAAGUUGAUGUGCAAACACAAAUUAAAGAAAUUAAAAAGGAAAUUAAAACAUUUGAAGAUGAAAUUCAGUAAUAUGAAAAGGAAGUUGAGAAAUAUAAGAAAGAAAGAAAAGUGUUCUUUAAAAAUUUUAAAGUCUUGAAAAUAAUAUGAGAAAAGUUAAAGAUCACGAUCACUUAAGAGUAAAAUAUCGAGGAGCAGCUCAUUCUAUAUGUAAUAUAAAUUAUAAGGUUCCUAGAUUUAUUCCAGUAUUUUUUCACAAUGUAUCUGGUUAUGACGCGCAUUUAUUCAUAAAAGAAUUUGGUAUUGAUAAAGAUAAUUAUAAUAAAAACAAUUGCAAAUAGUGAAGAAAAUUAUAUAUCAUUUUUAAAAAUUGUACGAUAUGAGAUAUUAGAUUCAGAAACUGAAGACCCUGUUUUAGAUGAUAGAGGAAAACUUAGUUUUAAAACAAUUGAAACACGAUUUCUUGAUUCAUUUAAGUUCUUAUCUAGUUCUUUAGAAAAAUUAGCUAAUACUUUAAAACCAAACUAGUUUAAUGAAUUAUCUAAACAUUAUCCUGAGUAAUUGGAUUAAGUAAAGUGAAAAUUGGCGUAUCCUUAUGAAUAUAUGAAUUCUCGUGAAAACUAUGAUGAAGAAUCUCUAUCUUCUAUAGAUAAAUUUUACAGCUCUCUUACAGGUGAACAUGUAACACAAAAAACAUAUGAAAAUGCUAUAAAAAAUAUGGGAAACAUUCAAAAUAAAAAAUAUGAUAGAGUUUACUGAACUUUAUAAUAAAAUAGAUGUAUUAUUACUUACAGAUGUAAUGGGAAAUUAUAGAGAUGUUUAAUUAAGACAUAGAUUUAAGUUGAAUCCUGUUGGAUCCUAGUUAGAAUAAUUCUGAUUGGUUUGAUACAGAAAAAAUUUUAAGAAUGAAAGAUGACCAGGAAAAAGGCUAUAUUUUCGAAGUAGAUUUGAAAUAUCGUGAAGAGCUUCACGAUCUUCAUUCUGAUUAUCCAUUGGCUCCCGAAAAUGUAUUUGAUAAUAAAGAAUUACCAAAAUUAACAACAACUCUAUAUGAUAAGAAAAAAUAUAUCUUACAUUAUAAUAAUCUUAUUCUUUAUUUAAGUUUAGGUUUAAAAUUGGAGAAAAUACAUAGGAUAAUAGAAUUUGAUUAA